UAACUAGCGUGCUAUAUUUGAUAUAGUGUUGUUAUUUAAUUAAUGUGAUGUCACUCGUCGUGGCGAAUGCUGUAUCUUCACAAAUUCUAUGAGCUUGAUGUGAUUAGUGGCGCUCGGUGGGCGCUACCGGUUUUACCGUUUGAGGACGUCACAGAGUUCGGAUGUGUUGUGUAGCAAUGGCGGCGGAGUAGCUAGUGUUCCGCUAGCAAGGCAGCUUAGCAGGAAGACAGGCCAUGUUUGUUUGGCGCAGCUAAAAAUGGGCUAGGACUAUAGCAUGAUACGCGCAGCUUAUAACAACACUGUGCUCGUGUCAAACGAUUUAGGCGAUUUCUGAAUAGCGUACAGACACAAAAGACGUUAUGAACAUGGUAAUUUGUUUUUAAUUCUACGCCACAAAACAAAAAUGCGUUAUGUAAGAAGGGGGGCGCCUUUCCCGGGCUUUCGCGAAUAGCGUACAUCUGUGAUUAGCCAUUUACUCGAGCUGUCUGCCUUGUUUGUGUCCCCAUAUCUUUAAUUUUUAGAACCAUGACAGCACAGCUUCCUAUCGAGCAAUAAAACUAGUAAACUAACGUGACCUAGUUUAUUUGCAUUUGCUCACGUCGUGUGUUGUCUCUGCGUACUUACAUGAGGGGCGGAAGCUAGUCGCGGCGGCCAUUUUACCGCUAGUUAGCUGUUCAGAGCUCUGCGCACAAGAUGCCUUCCGAUAAACCACUUGUGUUUCCUCGAAGCUGUCCUAUCAGUCUCUACGCGACUUGAACGCAGAGAAGACGUGCAGGGCUGAUCCUGACUCGAGAACUGACUGAGCCUGCAGCGGGCAGCCUUUCAAGUUUCUUUGCGGGAAAGCGGGGCUCGUAGAGCAACGCUAAGUUUCACUUAACCGGGAAAACGGAAGUCGUCAGGCUGGAGUGCGUCCUAAUGGCCGAGUCAGAGACUGACUGUGACACACCAGGUCUCGAUACAUUGGGAUCUGAGUGUGUCAUAGCCCAUACGCAAGUCGGCGACUUGCAUUAUGGAGCGGAGACUGAGAUUAUGACUCAAGAGGACAAAAGACUUGACUUGGAGGCUAUUCAUGGUGAUUUAGGGGCAGUGACAUGCGUGGAUGUGGUAACGGAGACAGACCAUGACUAUAUUAAAUCUGAAAUCCACCACGAUCAUCAUCAUUACUUCAGCAGUGCAGAAAUCAAAGGCAAUGAGCAUUUGCUCGGUGAAGUGCUGUUAAAGACGGAGAUCGGUGGUGGAGAACAUAUUGUAAAGGUGGAGUCUGACCAUGGAGGGGAGCUUACAGUAGAGUCCGAGAAUGGCAUUAUCAUCCAUGAAGCUCAUGGCCUGCAAUGCAGUGAGUGUGGUGAGAUUUUUGGAUGUAUGUCUGAUCUGCACGAACACUUUGAAAUCCACAAAGCCACUCAUCCCUACAUUUGCAUCCACUGUGGUGAAAGCUUCGCUGUUGAAGCCAGCCUAAGAAGUCACAUGAGGAUUCACAUGAAAGAGAAAAGUUAUACCACUGGUCUUGAGAUGGUUGGUAAAGGAGUGAUUGAUGCAUUCAACUUGAAACCCCAUCAGAUGAUGCACUCUCCCGAAAAGCCGCACAGAUGUUCAGAGUGUGGCAAAAGCUUCGCUGCUGCCAUCACUCUCCGGGAACACAUGAAAAUGCAUUCGGAUGACAAACCCUACAAAUGCACCCAAUGUCGAAAAAGCUUUGUGCGCAGACGCCAUCUGAAAAAACAUCAAGAGCUGCAUGCCCAUGACAAGCCGUUCACCUGUCUUCAGUGUGGCAAAGGCUUUACGACGGCUUCCAAUCUCAAACAGCACCAGAAAACUCAUGCUGGUGAAAAGCCGCACAGAUGCACCCAGUGUGGAAAGUGUUUUGCGGCAGCAGCCACGCUUAGAGAGCAUCAGAGAAUCCACUCAGGGGAGAAGCCCUACAAGUGCACCCAGUGUCGGAAGAGCUUUGUCAGGAAACGCCACCUCAAGAAGCAUCAGCUGGUCCAUCAAGGUGGAAAGCCCUACCGCUGCUCUCAGUGCGACAAGGGAUUCAACCAUUCCUCUUCCUUGUCACGACACCACAAGGUUCACCUUGAGGCCAAGAUGUUUGCCCAGGCGGAUAAGGAUUUCCCCUUCGAUACUACGCUAAAGAGGGGAAUGCACACAGGUGAAAAGCCAUACAGCUGCAACCAUUGUGAGAAGAGCUUCAAUCACUCGUCAUCACUAUCCAGGCAUCAGAGGACUCAUUCUGAUGGAAAGUCCUACACCUGUGCUCAGUGUGGGAAAAGGUUCAAUCAUCCCUCUUCUCUCGCAAGGCACCAGCGGGUUCAUUUGGAGGAUAAGUCAACUUACAGUGCUAUUGCAACAGGAAAGGGAUUCCCCCACACUACCAUCUUGAAACAGAGAAUCCUUCAGAGUGAGAAACCAUAUAGGUGCGCUCAGUGUGGAAAGGGUUUCAAUCAUUCGUCUUCUCUGUCUAGGCAUCACAGAACUCAUAUUGAUCAGUAAGCCUGCUUUCCUCUCCCUCAAGUGGUGUGCUACCAUUCAUCCCAUGAUUCAGGCCAGCUUGUAAAAGAGUUUGGCAAAAGAUGCAAGAAAAUCCAGAAAGUCGGCGUGGACCUGCUCUGAGGGAACUUACAAAAUCAAGCCCUUUGACACUUUAAGAGCAAAUAAUUUAAAUUUGGUAUGAUUGACACUGAAAUCCCCUGUGUAAUGUGCACAUGACUAGAUGCAUACAUGUCAUUCUGGAACAUGGCGUGUGAUUAAAACUUAAAACGUAGACAAAACUUCCAUUAUCACUGACUUUUGCUUUAAGAUGGAAGUUUAUUGAAGCCUGGCACAAUCUUGAACUAGAAUUAGGUCAAGUUGGUUUUGAAUGGUAGAUAAUUAAGCAAAUAGGUCUAGACACAACUUUUCACUCCCCUAGUUUGUAUCUUUUACCCAUCUCUGUAUCAUUCAUUGAUUGAGAAACUCAUAUCACGUGUAAAUAUUUGUUGAUUUCCUUUUAUAUAGAUGUAUAGGUGAGUAGUGUGCUGUUCUUUUCUGGGAAAAAAAAGAGAAUUUUUGAUGUAUGAUCCAGUUAGGCUUAUCCAUCUCUUGUAGGUGCAGUGGAAUGGUGAUUUUAGGGGAUGACACUAGUUUUGAAAAAGCUGUUCUUAAAGGCUAUAUUAAUUAUCAUAAACCCUUCAUGAUACAAACCUACAAAAUCCUACAACCUAAAACAACUUGUUAACUUGACUAACUCUUGGAAAUUUGCUCGAGAGCAGUACAAAAAGUGAGGGGCGUGAAAUGUUUUAACAUCAAGUUGAUCAUUAAAAGGUCAACCCAACAAAAUCAGAUAAUGUAUGCAUUCUGUUGGGAGGUUCGGUUCACUUUUCAUGUUGCUAGUUUCCAACACAACUGAGUUGUACAGCUGAUUUUGUUAUAUUAUACAGACCUGGUACAGCCUAAGCAUUCCCCUAAAUGUCUUCAGUGGUUCUCCCAGCUAUCCACCUGCUACCAUGACUGACUGUGCAUUGAAGAUUUUCCCAGUCAUCUCUCCAGUGAGAUAGCAAAGUAAAGCAUUUAGUUGUAUUCUGGAUACAUUUAGCAGAGUAUCAACAUUUAUUAAUAAUAAUAAUUAUAGAUUGUGUAUACUUUAAUGCGAAUACAAAAUAUAGCUUGCUUUUUUGAAAUUUGAUUUGUCCCCCCCUCCCCUUAAUUCCAUGGGUUUGUUUUCUAUUUACAGUUCUGUGUGUGGAGAAAAUCUUUUACAAACGGAUGUAUUUUUUAAAUAAGGUUUGGUUAAUUUAAAGGGAAAUGAAAGGAAUACUGAUUUUAUGGGAGUGAACGUUGUAUCAGAACUAUUCUCUUUCUUUUCCAUUGGAUAACAAUUGUGCUUUAUUACGUAGCAUAGGUUUAUUCAUCGUGUUAGUUAGGUGCCUUAUUGCAUGCCAUGUAGAAAUGUAUGCUGAGCUGUAAUAGAAAAAAUAAGGUUUUGGCUCCUGCUCCCUGUUUGUUUCUUCACAUACUAAUCAAUGUUUUAAUUUGACUUUUUUUUUUUUUUUUGCUUCUCUGUAAAUGGACGAUUACACUUCUGUCUUUUAAUUUACUUGUCAGUCAACAAGCCUCUUUGUAGAAUAGAGGUUAAAGAUAGUUACAAUACCAUUGAUCCAUAUGUUGCUUGCCCUCUAUAGUGGUCAAUUCUGGUCCUAUUUGUCUAUUCCCCCAUCUUUGAGUGGCUCACAUAUAUGGAUAAAUAAAGGUUGUUGACUAUCAACAAGCUCA